GGUGAUUGGUGCGUUGCUUAGGGGGCUUUCUGCUUUCGAUGGUACAACCCAAGUCGACUACUUACCAUAAUAACCAGUGCUGGGCUCUCUCGCGAUAACAACCCACUUCGUUGCGCCUUUUUUCUUGAUGGGUAUGGGUGAUCUUUGGGGCGGGUUAGGGUUCCGGAUCAGGCAAAAGUAAGAACUAAAAACGGAUACUUUUGAAUGCUUGGGUUGCUUUGAUUGAAUCGAUUGAUUCACCCUUGGCCAGAGAAGAAGAUAGGGAAUUCCAUAGAGUCUUGAGAGUAGAAAGCAGCUGAUAUAGAUGCCACCCCACCAAAUAAAUCGUAGGUAGAAUGAAAGUAAGUGAUUACUGUAGUGCCAUGCAUUUGGGAUUACAGUGCCAAGCAUUCGUGCUGGGAUUUGAGACAGUGCCAAUCUCAUCUCGAACUAUUACUAGCAAAUAAAUCAUAGGUAGAAGGAAUCUCAGUGAUUACAAUUACAGCAGCGCCACGCCAGUAGAGUAGAUUCCGUUCGUUCUAGCAAUCAUGCCAGAACUCACUGAUCCAUGUGCUCCCAGAAGGAAGGAUCUCGUUCCCAUAGCAUAGCCUAUAAUGAAUGUGGCUUUCCCCCCCAUCUCCUAUCUAUAGCUUCUAUAGCUUAUAGCUGGAAUGACCUAUAUGACCGGAACCACCUAAACAUCUAUAUGACCGGAACGGAACCUCAACCUAUAUGUAUAUGACCGGAACCUAAACAACCUACUGGACUUGCUUUGCUACUUGAGCCUAAGCUAUAUGAUCUGAACCAACCCUAUCGGGACUAGAUCCUGUCUACGGACUUGAUCCUGUCAUGUCAACGGACUUGCACUUGCCUGUCAAUCUUGACGGACUUGAUUGUUUCAAUACGUCAAUCAAUACGGAUUCUCUUUCCUGUGGAAAUGCUAUCUACCUGGAAGGAAGGUUUGUUUCCCGAAGGAAGGAGAUGGAGAUUCUUUCGCUGGAGAGAUACUUUCUCAUUGGAGAGGAGAUACUUUCUCUUUUCGGGCUCGAAAUCUGUCCUGUCGAUUUCUCUGAUUUAAGGGCGCAAGCACAAUACUGCACUCUCCCUGCUUGCUCGCCCGAUCCGUCGAUCUUCUCGAGAGGAGCAGUUCAAAUCACCCUGUACGGAUCCAUUGGGAUCACCUAGAGCCGCGAGUCCAGUUGAGUGAAUCCUUUCAGGCUGGAUGGAUGCGGUGGGCUAGCUCUGCUCUCUUCUCGAAAUUGCAUAUUGCAUAGAGUAGUAUUGUACGAAACGAUAUCUCGUAACGGAAGGAUGGAAACCAAGAGAAAGAAGACAGCUCUAUCUCAGAAGUGAGCUCCGUCUCACAAGUUAGCUCCGUCGACACCUCGAGCUAUUCAAACGAGUGUUCAGUCAUCAGAUCUCAAUAUCGGGAUGGGAAUCUUUCUAGACUAAAAAGUUUCGUUUUCGUGGGUCGGUGUCAAGUCUAUCUCUCAUGUUGCUCCUCAGAAAACGCGUAGAAUAGUAAUGUCAUUGGCCCACUAGAUAAGGAUGGGACAAACGCUCUAGUCUAUGCGUUAGAAGGCAACUAGUAUUUUUGGUUAUUUUGGGAGGGAGUCUUUUUCUGUCUUGAGGGUUGGUUUGAUUGGAAAUCGAAAUGCCUCAACUUGAUAAAUUGACUUAUUUCUCACAAUUCUUCUGGUUAUGCCUUCUCCUCUUUACUUUUUAUAUUCUCUUUUAUAAUAAUAAUAAUGGAAUACUUGGAAUUAGCAGAAUUCUCAAACUACGGAACCAACUGCUUUCGCACCGGGGGAACAAGAUCCGGAGCAAGGACCCUAAUAAUUUGGAAGAUAUCUCGAGAAAAGGUUUUAGCACCGGUCUCUCAUAUAUGUACUCCAGUUUAUCCGAAGUAUCCCAAUGGACCGUCGACUAUUUGGGAAAAAGGAGGAAAAUCACUCUGAUCUCAGAUUUCGGAGAAAUAAGUGGCUCACGAGGAAUGGAGAGACAGAUUCUCUAUUUGAUCUCGAAGUCCUCAUAUAACACUUCUUCCAGUCGGAUCACUUGUUGGAAAAACAUAAUGCUCACACAUGUUCCACACGGGCAAGGAAGCAUAAUCUAAUGAACUUAGAUUCUUUUCUUUCUAUAGGACUGAGGAUCCUUGCCUAGAUCCAGAAAAAGUUGGAUGCGCCGGAAGCUGAAGCGGAAAUGCAAUUCUCGGGUGAGGAAAGGGUUGUCUCAGGUACGCCUGGGGCAG